UUGUACCAGGUCAAGGGCUGCUUUUUAGCCACUAAUGAUCCUUCUUUCCAUUCUACCGUUGAACUCCCGGCUAAGGAGGACCUUGUAAGACCAUUUCCAUUUAGUCAUGUCCCAUGUUCCGGAGUUAACUCCAUUCAGUGUCACUGGGCCAAGAACUCCAGUAUUCCAAGUCUCAUAAUGCACGCCAACGUUCUGUGA